UCAAAGUUCAAUCCCUCAACUUCCGGUUUCCGCUGAUAGCACGCUUUCCUUCCGCGGCGUCGUUAAACGAUCUCAGGACGCAAACGUUGUGAAGCUAAAGAGAAAAUGAGUAAAGCACAUCCCCCCGAGCUAAAGAAAUUUAUGGACAAGAAGCUUUCAUUGAAGCUGAAUGGAGGCAGACACGUGCAGGGCAUCCUACGAGGGUUCGAUCCCUUCAUGAACCUGGUGGUGGACGACUGUCUGGAGAUGGGUCCAGGAGGACAACAGAACACCAUCGGCAUGGUGGUCAUCAGAGGAAACAGCAUCAUCAUGUUGGAGGCCUUGGAGAGAGUAUGAGAAGAAAGGAGGACGGUGCAGAGAACCAGCAGCACACUUUUAUUUUCUAUUUUCCCUUUUAGUCCACCGACCAUUCCUCUUCUUCUUCGGGUGUUUAUCUUGCAUUUGUUUUGUGAUUAAAUGGUAAUAAAUCGACUUUUCUUUCUA